UCGCUCCACUCCCUACAGCGUCUUGUUUUCAAGGCGGCAUUAGCUGCUGCCGUACCCCGCCAACCAUGGCCUCGAUGAUAGACAUCCAGAAAGACCUCAUACUCAACGCCAUCCAGCAAACCACGCGUGGCGACUGGAAGAUACUCAUUGUCGACGAGUACAGCCAGAAGCUGAUCAACAACGUCGUCAAGGAAGAUGACAUCCUCAACCUCAACAUCACGAACAUUGAGCGCAUCGAGGACCGGCGGCAGCCUAUCCGCGACAUGGACGCCGUAUACAUCCUCACGCCCAAACCGCACAUUGUCGACUGCAUGAUGGCCGAGUUCGAGCAGCGGCGGUACCGGGGCUUCUUCUUGAUAUGGACAACACUACUACCACCACACCUCAAGGAGCGCAUCGACCGCUCGCAAAUGGCACGCGAGCAGAUUCGAAGCUUCCGUACCGUCCACCUUGACUUCCACCCCCAGGAGUCCAACCUCGUCACCUUCCGAGACCCCUGGAGCUUUCCGAUCCUGUACCACCCAGAAUGCAACAACCUCGUAGUCCGGCACAUGGAGGAGAUUGCUGAAAAGAUAACAGGAGUAUGCGUUGCGCUCGGCGAGUACCCCCUCGUUCGAUACUAUCGGCCACGAACCCCAACCCACGAGGCCAGCGUCCUGUGCUCACACCUUGCGCGAUUCGUCCAAGACAAACUCGACAUGUAUGCAAAGUUCAAUCAAGACUUUCCUCCCCAGUCCAACCGCCCCCGCGGUGCGCUCUACAUCACGGAUCGAUCCAUGGACCUCAUGGCCCCCUUUGUCCACGAAUUUACAUACCAGGCAAUGGCCAUGGACCUGCUACCCAUACAGGACAACGAAAAGGUGACAUAUCGGACUAAUGUCAAUGAGGAGGAUCCGGCGUCCGAGGAAAAAGACAUGGAGAUUUCCGACAAGGACAAGAUAUGGGUGGAGAACCGCCAUCGACACAUGAAGGAUACUCUGGACAAACUGAUCAGCGACUUUCAAAAGUUCAUCGCCGACAACCCCCACUUUACAAAUCAGGAUGCCCAAAACGCUGCGGGUAUGAACGGACUCAACGCCAUCAAGGACAUGAUUGCUGGUCUGCCACAAUUCCAAGAAAUGAAGGAGGCCUAUUCGUUGCACCUUACCAUGGCGCAAAAAUGCAUGGAAAUCUUCCAAAAGCACAAACUACCAGAUCUGGCCUCGGUGGAGCAGUGUCUGGCCACCGGGCUUGACGAGGAUUACCGGAAGCCGAAGAACAUGACUGAUCAGAUUGUCCGAACCCUGGACGAUGAGGAGAUUACGCCAGCCGACCGACUGCGACUUAUUGCGCUCUAUGUGCUCUUUAAGAACGGCAUACUGCCAGCCGACUUGCAAAAGCUCAUCCUUCAUGCACAACUACCGCCUCCUGACGGCGAAGUGGUGCGCAACCUCGAUCUGCUUGGAGCCCGCGUAGCAAGACAACUCAAGGAGAAGCGAGAUGCGCCUCAGCCUCUCUUCCCACCUAAGCCAGCACCACCGCCAAACCAAGAAGACUAUGGAUUGUCAAGGUUCAGCCCAGCGCUACAGGACAUGCUAGAAGAACAUGUCCGUGGUACGCUGCCUCAAGACAUCUUUCCCUUCACAAGGAUGUCGCCCGAGGAAGCUGCUAUCAUGGCACAGGAAAAUAAUGCCGCACCCACGUCUCUUCGUGCUGCCAAACCUACGUGGGCAAAGUCUCGAUUGGCCAGCGCUGAGCCACGACAGCGUGUCAUUGUCUUCAUGGCUGGUGGUGCCACAUACUCCGAGUCCCGUGCGUGCUACGACAUCUCCAACAAAACAUCGCGCGACGUAUUCCUCGUCACCUCGCACAUGAUGAAGCCACAACUCUUCCUUCGUCAAGUUGGCGAUCUUACCCAGAAUCGCCGUAACCUGCAUCUGCCCAUCGACCAACCACAACCAAAAGCCCCAGAACAUCUCUUCGAGAAGCCAGAGCCACCAAAGCCAGCACCACCUCCCGCUGGUGCUAAGCCGCCUAUGCCCGGCGGUCUGCCUUCGGGACCCAAAGUUGGCGGCGGUCCUCGGCCCCCAACCGCUGGCAUGGGCGCGAUGAACCUCAAUCCUCCUAAACACGCACCUCCGCCAUCGCAGAGCAGCUCCAAGCCUGGCAAAGAAGACAAGGAGGGUAAAGAGAAGAAAAAGAAGAAGCUGCACUUGUUUUCGUCGAAGCAUUAAGCAAGAGGCUGAGUCACCAGUGUAAUUGCUCUUGGCAUUGUUUUGUUUCGUUCAUAGCGAGGAUUGAGAAUCCAGUCACCUUUUGCAUGGCAAGGCGUUGGAUGGCGUUUGUAAAACUUGUCAUGUGUGUGUGGGGGGCAGGAUAGAUAUGCUGUUGGUUGAUGGCGUUGGUAAUUACAUACAUAGAGUAC